AUGAGGCCUGACCCCCACACACUGGCCGCCACCUACAGGCUCAGGCUCAUGCCCAAAAAGAGGAACAUCACCUUGGUCAAGAAACCAGGCAGAAAGCAGGGCAAAGCAAAAGUGUCCAUAGACCUCAGCAAACAAGGUUCGUCCAGUGACGUCAGCACAGACCAGGACAGUUCCACCAGAGACCAGAAUGACCAACAGAAAAGCACCGGGGCGUUGUACAUCGGCACUUCUUGUUGGAAAAUUGAUGAAGGGGCAGAAGACGACUCCAUUUCUAACGAUGAGGAUUACGAGGACGACCUCCGCCUGGAGAGUACGAGAACUGUGCACGAGGACCUGGCAGUCCAGACGUACCACACCAUGUGCAAGGCUCUGUGUGUCCAUCCGCUGAAAACCUUCCAGAACUCUCUGAUCAAAGAUACAGCCUCCGUGUGUCACAUGAUCCUCAGUCCUGACGACCUCAAAGCCUGCGCUACUGCGCUCGUGGAGAACCAUGCAUUGCGACACAUAGACUUAAGCCACAACAACUUUCGGUGUAAAGGAGGCAUACUCAUCGCCGAUGGACUGGCUAAAAAUAGGUUUCUGAAGUCACUAAACCUAAGCUGGAAUCACCUGAGAAUGGACGGGGCUAAGGCUUUGGCGGAAAGUUUACUCGAGAACUCCGACCUAGAGGAACUGAACAUCGCCUGGAAUGGGUUCCACCUCCGAGGCUGUCUCGCCCUGGGCCAUGCUCUGAAGCACAACUCUUCCCUCGUAUCCCUCGACCUCACCUGCAACAGAGUCUCGGAACUAUGCCUGGCGCAACUUCUCAAAGGCAUCCAAGAGAACAGCACUCUGCAGGUUCUCAAACUCCCCCUGAACCCAAUGUCCCCUAAGUCAGCUUACUCCGUCCUCAAGUUCAUCGAAGACCACCAGCAAAUCGCCCUCAAGUAUGUCGAUCUCGGGGACCAGUGUGUGCACGAAGAGUUCAAGACCCUCCUCCUCGAGCUGCAGGCGGUGAAGGAUCUGACAGUCAUCUACGGACCCAUCCUUCGCCCCGGACUAUCAUUGGACGCCGCAGCUGCCGAGAAGGCAGAGGCGGAACUGGACGCGAUGAUGGGUGAGAACCCCCUGAUAGUGCUGAUGGAGUUCUGCCGGCUGCAGAACCUCAGGCUGGUGGAUAUGUUCAACACGAUAGACACAGACAACAGUCGCUCUCUGAGUUAUGACGAGUUUAUAGACGGGUUGAAGCGAGUGAACAUCCCGUUGAGUGAAGAUUCUCUCAAGAUGUUGUUGAAGUUUCUAGACACGGACGGAGACGGGCACGUGGACUUCAGGUAG